AUGGCAAGUCCUCUAGCCUCGUCCGCCGAGACGAACGAGACAGUCUCCCCUGAAGAUGCUCCCACUUCGACACCACUUCCACAACUCGCCCUGCUGGAUCUCUUCUUCCCGGGCUUCUCCAUGUACGCUGGCGCCGUCCAGAAGUACCUGCACAUCGAUCUCAAUCUGUACAUCCCGCUAGUACUGCUCGCCGGCGCCCUGAUGGUCGUCUGGAACUACGCGAGCUCGUACUUCUGGGAGCAGCUCGAGGGCCACUUCAUGUCCGUCGUCGACAUCCGCACCGACGACGAGAUCUACAACAUCCUGAUGGCCUGGGUGGCCGCGCAGCGCUUCUCCCAGGGCGCGCGGCGGUUCGUUGUCAACACUAACCUGAACUCGAGGAGCUGGUACCUCUGGAGCUGGGACGACGAUACCGAGGAAGACGACGGGGUCGACGACAGCCAGUCGGGUGGACGAAACAAGAAGAGGAAGAAGGCUCUCUCGUACACCCCUUCUUUCGGUAGCCACUACUUCUGGUACCGAGGACGGCUGCUCCUCUUUCGUCGGACCAACCGAGAGUCGAAUUCCUACAUGCUGGUCAGUGAGCGGGAAGAGAUCUCCCUCUCCUGCUUAGGACGCGACCCGUGGAUCCUGAAGGAGCUGCUGCUAGAGGCUCGACAGCAGUACAUCGAGAAGGACGAACAGAAGACGCUGAUCUACCGCGGAACAACAAAGUCGCAGUCAGCCGAGCCAACCUGGCAACGCUGCAUGGCACGAGCCAGUCGCCCCUUUUCCACUGUGAUCCUAAACGAGAAGACUAAGAACGACCUCAUCGAAGAUGUCACCGACUACCUGUGUCCGGCAACCCAGCGCUGGUACGCGAACCGUGGUAUCCCCUACCGACGUGGCUACCUGCUUCACGGUCCCCCUGGCACUGGCAAAUCUUCCCUGAGCCUGGCCCUGGCUGGGUUCUAUAAGAUGAGAAUAUACAUCGUCAGUCUAAGCUCUAUCACCGCUAGCGAGGAAAUACUAGGUGGCCUAUUCGCCGAGCUUCCGCGCCGCUGUGUCGUUCUCCUGGAGGACAUCGACACGGCCGGCCUGACUCAUACGCGGGCCGAGAACGAAAACACCAGCACCCAGAGCCAACCUGCAGAUGAUUCGAAGGACAUGGUCCCAGGCCAACUCACGACCGGCAACGGCAACACCAUAAACAACAACAACAAUAACAACAACAGCAACAACCGCCUCUCCCUAUCCGGGCUCCUCAACAUCCUCGACGGCGUAGCUUCGCAAGAGGGCCGCGUGCUGAUCAUGACGACGAACCACGUCGAGAAGCUCGACAAGGCGCUGAUCCGGCCCGGCCGCGUCGACAUGAUCGUCGAGUUCGGGCUCGCGGACUCCGGGAUGACAGCCGCCAUCUUCCGCGCCAUCUUCGCGCACCUCGAGGGCGACGACACUCCCACGGAUACCGCGCGGUAUGUCUCGCUCACCCCGGACGAGCGCAAGGCGCUCGACGACGAGAAGGCCGGGAAGCGCGCGGCGCACGACGCUGCGAUCGACCGCCUAGCAGAAGAAUUCGCGGCAAGCAUCCCGGCCCAUGAAUUCAGCCCCGCAGAACUACAGGGCCACCUCAUGCGGCAUAAGCGCAACCCCGAGGCCGCGGUGUCCGGCGCCGAGGCCUUCGUCGAGCAGACGAGGAGAGACCGCAAGGAGAAGGAGCUCAAGGAGGCCGAGGAGAAGCGCAAGGCGGAGGAGAAGAAGUUCGAGGAGGCGAAGAAUAAGAAGGCGGAGGAGGCGGCUAAGAAGGCUGGUGAGAGCAAGAGGGAUGUGCCGGCCGCGACUACAGAGACAGCUAAGCCGUCGACUGCGACUCCUGAACAGCCCUCCAACCCAGAUUCGCCUCGCGUUGAGCAACCCGCCACAACGGUCCCAGUGCCCUGUAUCGACAUCUCAGCAGCAGCAGCAACAGCAGUCGCGAAGCCCCAACUCGACACGACAAAUAUCGAGGCUCCAACCACUACCAAGGAGAAGCCAGCGGGCGGAUUGGGACACGCGCGGAACGACUCGGGCUACGUGACGCCAGUCAGUGGCGAGCCGUGA